AUGGGUAAGGAGAAGAAGAAGGCCAGCAACAAGGACGGUGAGAGUAGUGGUGGCGGCAAGGCACCAAAGGACACCUCUGGUGGGUCAGGAUACACCAAGGUGAAGGUGCGUCACAUCCUCUGUGAGAAGUACAGCCGAGCCCUGGAGGCGUUGAAUAAGGUUAACGAAGGGUCAAGUUUUGCUGAUGUUGCACGGGAGUACAGCGAGGACAAAGCUCGCAGCGGUGGGGAUCUGGGAUGGAAGCGGCGUGGCGAAAUGGUUGGCCCCUUUCAAGAUGCUGCCUUUGCCUUGCCAAAGGGUGGCAUGACACCGGAGCCAGUAAAGACCUCAUUUGGUUAUCACAUUAUUUUGGUGGAGGACAAACAGUAA